AUGGGCAGCAUUCCUACCCGUCAGCCUGAGAGCUCACAAGGCGACUCUCGCAUCCUGCGCGUUGGCAUCAUCGGCUGCGGGGAAAUCUCCCAGGUCGCACACAUUCCCAACAUCAACUUUCUCUCCCACAAGUUCCAGACGACCUACCUCUGCGACAUCUCCAAACAAGCGCUGGCCCAUUGUGCCAGAAAGGUCCAAGGAGGCACGCCAAAGACUACCAUUGACCCCUCGGAGUUGUGCUCUUCUCCAGAUGUUGAUGUGGUCUUGAUCGCCAACGCAGACGCGUAUCAUGUCGAACACGGCAUCAUCGCUCUUCAGAAUGACAAGUACUGUCUCAUCGAGAAGCCAGCAGCCCUCUGCUUCAGAGACUUGGACAGACUCGUCCAAGCUGAAAGCACCUCAAAGGGCAAGGUGUUUGUCGGCACGAUGCGCCGCUACGCAACCGCCUUUAUCGACGCCGUAAAGGAAGUCGGAGGCAUGCAAAACAUCCAAUAUGCCCGCGUCAGGGAUAUUAUUGGACCCAACUCGGUCUUUGUCGACCAGUCGGGUACUUUUCCUCAAAAGUUUAGCGACUUUACGGAGGCUGAUGGCGAGGAUCGGUUGAAGCGUGAGACGGACAUCCAAGAGCAGGCUCUUGGGAAGGAAUUUGACGUCCCCAUCACGCCCAAGUCCAAGAGGAUGCUUCGUGUGCUUGGAGGUCUUGGAACCCAUGAUCUCUCCGCCAUGCGAGAGAUUCUCGGCAUGCCCAAGCGUGUCGCCGGCGCCUGUCUGACCUUCCCCGGCAUCUUCAACGUCCUCUUUGAAUACGACGGUUUCCCCGUCUCGUACGAGUCAGGUCUCAACGGCGUGCCCCAGUUCGACGCACACAUCGAGGUCUACUCACAAGACAAGAUUGUGCGCGUCAACUACGACUCGCCCUACGUCAAGGGUCUUCCCGUGACUUUGACGAUCCGGGAAAGGAUUGGUGACGAUGGUUUCCAAGAGCGGGUCAUUAGAAAGACGUACCAGGAUCCUUACACGUUGGAGAUGCUGGAGUUGUACGACUGUGUGAUCGGAAACAAGACACCCAAGACGAGCGCGGCCGACGCGCGAAGUGAUAUUGAGUUGUUCCGAAUGAUCAUCAAAGCGGAUGAAGGUAGAUACAAGGCCGAGUCAAGCUCCUAG